AUGACAUGUAUCACUUUCAAUCUGCCGGAUAUCGUAUUCUCCAAGGACUUUGUGGAGCGCACAUACACCAUUCUUAACAUCAAAGCCUGGAUCGCCUUGUACUGCCUGCUCUACACCCUUCCAUGGAUUCUCUGGAUGGUCAUUGCCGCCAUUGUGGGAACAGGUCCUUUUCCCUGCCAUCUAGCCAUUCUUGGUCAAGAUGCGAUCUCGUAUGACAAGUUCGAAUCCAUUUCCUACGACGAGAAAUCUCGAAGGGUGGUUUAUGCCAGGACCCCGCAGUAUGUUGAGGAAGUCAAGGAACGGGUGCCGUCGUGCUUUCGUGGAUUUGUCUGUGACAAGGAACGCUACCAUGUCAAUGAACUGGACGUGUUUCUAAAAGAUCAUGGAAUGAAGGAGGACUCCACAGAAUCGGCUUGA